AGAGACUUUCCUAAAACCAACAGAAAGGUGCUGCGUCCAACAAACGGGUGUUCGUAAGGUUGCAUUGAAAGAACGAUUGCUGUUUGCGAACCGAUGGAAAAGGUUAACUCAACGUGAGAGUUGAACUGAUCGUGAGAGUAGUAAAACCUUAAAAAAGCCCGUCCUUUCAAAACUCAAUUGGCGGUGUCGUGGAGAUUGUUUUGUCGACUUUCCAAAAGACUAUAUUUUCUCUAUCAUAAUUUCAUAGGGUGUCGUAUCCGUUUUCCCGUUUGUCGGACGACUCGACUAGUUAUGGAAUUUUUAUUUGUUUUUGGUUUUUCCUUAGUUUCCUUUUCUGAUAACUCUGUCAUCUCGGGUGCAGCGUAUUUUCAAGAGUGAAAUACCCUGGAGUUAAAGCGGGCGGAUUUUUGUGAUAGACUAAUUGUUUACAGCGAACGGCAGAAAUGGCAGAUCAACAGCAGUACUUCCUUAAGUGGAAUGACUUUCAAACUAAUAUGGUGACUUCAUUCCGGCAUCUUCGUAACGAAAAAAGCUUUACAGACGUAACACUGGCAUGCGAAGGACAGACUUGCAAAGCACACAAGAUGGUGCUAUCUGCGUGCAGCCCGUACUUCAAAUCAUUGCUAGAGGAAAACCCGUCGAAGCACCCGAUCAUCAUCCUGAAAGACGUCUCGUACAGUCAUCUGCAGGCGAUCCUGGAGUUCAUGUACGCUGGCGAGGUGAACGUGUCCCAGGAGCAGUUGCCUACGUUUUUGAAAACCGCUGAUAGACUGAAAGUGAAGGGCCUCGCAGAGACGCCAACGAAUAUCAAGCGAGAGGGUUAAUAAGCGCUGCACGUUGUUGGGCUUUCCUUAUCUGAAUUUCUUCUCCCAGACACGCUCGUUGAAUAGUUUCUAAUCAACUUUAUAUAUAUACACUCGUAAUACGAAUAUAUAGACCAGGAAUAAACGCAAGCCUAGACACACCCCUAAUCAAACUGCGGACGAAAGCAUGCUGCGGUAAGUAAAUUAGUAGUUUCCGUUGACAGACAACGAGCGGUUUGUGGAUGGAGAAGAAAGGUACUAUAAGGUUAAAUUUUAUAGAAUCGAUUACUAUCGGGGAAGUAACACAGCAUACAUACAUACAUACUAAACGAGAGAAAGAGAACGAGCGACCGUGCGUAUAGUAAGAAUAUUGAAGUUUAACAUUAAUUAUACAACAGCAAAAAAAAAACAAAA